AUGCACCCCCUCCUUGAGCUACCAAAGGAUGCUCUCAUUCAGAUUCUCCCCCAAGGAAACCUUUCUGUGCUUGAAUUCUUAUCCUUCAAAUUUCCUGCCAUCAUGGUCACUACAAAACACACAAGUGUUGAAGCAUUCUUCGCUAAAGAUCAGCCAUCCCUUUGUGAUGCCCAGCUCAUACAAGACUUUCCUAUCCCCUCGACACAAACACUUGACAUGCUUUCCAAAUCAAGUUCCGAGGCCAUAGAGAAUGGAGCAUUGUCACUGGAGUGUGCACAUCUUACAGGUGAUGCCACCAAGACACAACUCCCACUCUGCGUUCUCACCCACUGGUGUGAAGUUGCAAUGCUUCGUCACAAACAUCUUGAACUGUGGAUCCGGGCUGAGCAAAACAUGGAAAGGAGGACUCAGCUAUGGAAAAACGAGGAGGGUGAAGAAGCUCGAAGAUUGGUUACAAAGAUUUAUAAUGCUCCUACCUGCAUUUCGUGGUCUGGGAAACUCAGUGGUUUUGCUGUUGCAGAGCCUGUUGUCGAGCUAAAAGCAUAA